GGCGGGGAGCCGGGUCGCCGGCGCGCGGGUCCGCCUCUGACUGCGGCGCGGCGGGGCGAUGUGUGAUUACCAUGGCGAGGAGUCUCUGUCCGGGGGCCUGGCUGAGGAAACCCUGUUACCUCCAGGCUCGCUUCUCAUAUGUGCGAAUGAAAUAUCUUUUCUUUUCCUGGUUGGUGGUUUUUGUUGGAAGCUGGAUUAUAUAUGUGCAAUACUCUACCUAUACAGAACUAUGCAGGGGAAAGGACUGUAAGAAAAUAAUAUGUGACAAGUACAAGACUGGAGUUAUUGAUGGGCCCGCAUGUAAUAGCCUUUGUGUUACAGAAACUCUUUACUUUGGAAAAUGCUUAUCGACCAAGCCCAACAAUCAGAUGUAUUUAGGGAUUUGGGAUAACCUACCAGGUGUUGUGAAAUGUCAAAUGGAACAAGCACUUCAUCUUGAUUUUGGAACUGAAUUGGAACCAAGAAAAGAAAUAGUGCUAUUUGAUAAGCCAACUAGAGGAACUACUGUACAGAAAUUCAAAGAAAUGGUCUACAGUCUCUUUAAAGCAAAGUUGGGUGACCAAGGGAACCUCUCUGAACUGGUUAAUCUCAUCUUGACAGUGGCUGAUGGAGACAAAGAUGGCCAGGUUUCCUUGGGAGAAGCAAAGUCAGCAUGGGCACUUCUUCAAUUAAAUGAAUUUCUUCUCAUGGUGAUACUUCAAGAUAAAGAACAUACCCCCAAAUUAAUGGGAUUCUGUGGUGAUCUCUAUGUGAUGGAAAGUGUCGAAUAUACCUCUCUUUAUGGAAUAAGCCUUCCGUGGGUCAUUGAACUUUUUAUUCCAUCUGGGUUCAGAAGAAGCAUGGAUCAGUUGUUCACACCAUCAUGGCCUAGAAAAGCUAAAAUAGCCAUAGGACUUCUAGAAUUUGUGGAAGAUGUUUUCCAUGGCCCCUAUGGAAACUUCCUCAUGUGCGAUACUAGUGCCAAAAACUUAGGAUAUAAUGAUAAGUAUGAUUUGAAAAUGGUGGACAUGAGAAAAAUUGUGCCAGAGACAAACCUUAAAGAACUUAUAAAGGAUCGUCACUGUGAGUCUGAUUUGGACUGUGUCUAUGGCACGGAUUGUCGAACUAGCUGUGAUCAGAGUACAAUGAAGUGUACUUCAGAAGUGAUACAACCAAACUUGGCAAAAGCCUGUCAGUUACUCAAAGACUACCUACUGCGUGGUGCUCCAAGCGAAAUUCGUGAAGAAUUAGAAAAGCAGCUGUAUUCUUGUAUUGCUCUCAAAGUCACAGCAAAUCAAAUGGAAAUGGAACAUUCUUUGAUACUAAAUAACCUAAAAACAUUACUCUGGAAGAAAAUUUCCUAUACAAAUGACUCUUAGUUCAUUUGGACAUUGUGACCACUAAGAAACUUAGCACUUCAAAAGUUUUGAACAUUUUUCUAAAUGGCUUGACUCAAAUCCUUGUCAGUUACACAAAAUUCCUUUGCCCUGGUCCUAAGGAAGCCAUCAUCUUAAAAUACAUGCUGGUUGCUCAAGUAAUGGCAGGAGUUAUAGGAUCAAAAGGUCCAGAAAUUUUUCAUUCCUGCCCUUUUAGAAACCCUGGUACAUCUCCUAGUACAUUCACUGUGUAACUACUUUGACUAAUGACUUAAAAUAAUGCUGUGAAAAGCCUCAUUCCAUAAACAUCAACAGUGAAUUUUGUAGAUUUGUUAGCCAAAAUAUCAGUGCUGGAAAUUGUGUUUGCAUUGAAGCUGCUGUUUAAAAAAGAAAAUUUAUAAAUUUAAUGUCUUAGCAUGGUAAAGUUUGCACAUUAACAGAUAUUAAGACUGCAAAGCAGGUAAAUUAAAAUUACUCCUUUAUAAACAGAUGUUGGGUUAAUAGCAUGGUUUCUUGUAAAAACAUUCAGCUCAUCUAGACAUCAAAUUUCAUGUGGCUUCACAAGGUUGAGUGGCUCUUAUCCACUGAAAACCCAUCAGGAAGUGUUCUACGUGGCAGUAUAUAAUUGUCAAUAUUAGAAGCUGAACAUGGAUGAGGUUUCAUCAUCCUAGAUUUAAAGGGUCUAUAUCUUAAUGUCAGCCAGCCAAUUGGUCCUUCAACUCUUUAGGCCCAACGCAGAUACACACAUCUUGAAUCUGAGCUAUAGGAAAGUGGGACAUUAAGGGCAGGACUCUGAAAUCAUGGAACUUCCUAUUAAUAAUUUUCCAUUUUUAGACACUAUUCCCUAUUGGCUGAAGGGCUAUUUCUUAAGAGGCAUGUAAAUGUAUCUGUCUAACACUUUUUCUCAUGUAAACUUGAUAUACAAGGGUUAAUAUUUGGUCCUCUUUCAUGUUUAUUCAGAUCUGGCAUGUGCCUUUCAAUUCCAUAAAAUGAAACACCUCCUGUGAUUACUAACCCUGUACCUUCUGCUCAAAGGUUUCACCUGGUUAAAGUUAAUAUAUGUUAAAAUUAUAUGACCUUCAUUGGACAGCUAUAUCUCAAAACUUAAAGCCAUGGAUUAGCAUCAGUUUUGCUUACUUUAAAAUUAUAAACUUUGAAGGUACUUUUCUUCCCGCUCAUCAUGUGGUUACAAUAAAUGAAUGGAAGAAAUAUUUCUA